GAGCGGGGCUGUGGGUGGAGAUUGGUUCAAACAACAGUCGGAAUUCGGGAGCAGCGGCUUUUUUCUGUAGCGGCGUUAGAAAUCAAUCGCUAAUUCCAGACAUGGCUGGAGGUAAAGCUGGUAAGGACUCCGGAAAGACCAAGACCAAGGCUAUUUCGCGCUCGCAGAGAGCUGGACUGCAGUUCCCAGUGGGCCGUAUUCACAGACACCUGAAGUCCAGAACCACCAGCCACGGCAGAGUGGGAGCCACCGCAGCAGUGUACAGCGCCGCUAUCCUGGAAUACCUCACCGCCGAGGUUCUGGAGUUGGCAGGAAAUGCAUCAAAAGAUCUUAAAGUGAAGCGUAUCACACCACGCCACUUGCAGCUGGCUAUUAGAGGAGAUGAAGAGCUCGAUUCACUUAUCAAGGCCACUAUUGCUGGUGGAGGUGUAAUCCCACACAUCCACAAGUCUUUGAUUGGGAAGAAGGGCCAGCAGAAGACUGUAUAACCUGAGGUGCUUUCUGCAGUACCAUCUCAGGACGAAGUCUGCAUCAUGUGAUUAAAUGUCUUAGAGUAGAACACCUUUUAGGAGUUGUUUUUAUGGUUGAGCUUGCAUUUACUCACCUGGGGUAUUUUUUAAAAGUGGCUUCAAAGAAGCUCAUUUUUUGUUUUGCCUAUAAUUUUCUGGUGCUGCAGUUGAAAUUUGCUUUUGUGUUGUUUCAAUAAAGCUCACACUGGGAGCUUGCACUUUGUGCUUUUGAUGGUUUUUAGCUGUUAACUGGUUGUUUCAGAGUGAAUGGUGUACAUGUUAGGUUUUAAUAUUCCCAGUGAUACACUCCAACUCAAACAAGACAAGUGUGCUUUGAACACACAGAUUCAAACCAUGAUGAUCUCUCUUGUAGUUGCAUGUCCUGCAGAGCAUGUUUAAAAUUCAGUGAACCGCUGGACUAACAUGAGCAAAGAGUCUGUAGUCACCUGUGGAGUCAAUAAAGAUUGGAGAGGCGAAGGCACAACAUUUUCAUA